GAGAUGCCUUGGUGGAGAAGCGUCCUCCGAGGUCGUCACUCCUCUCUCGUCAGUAACCAUCCGAACAGUGUAGUGGUUAGUUCUAAGUUCAACUCUUUCGUCUAUGGACUGCCUCUGCAGGAACCAACCAUCAUUACAUCAACAUGACGCCGUCACCUACAUAGAUAUUCGUUGAUAAUAAGAUAUGACCGGAAGUAUGUGUCCCUUACCCAAGGCAUUCUUCUGCUGGAGCCUUAAAAGCGGCACCCUUCUGCAAGGCGUAAUUUCCCCAGUGACCGUCUGUAUCAACAUUCUGAGCGUCGCCCUGGGACUCAGCGAUCUGAUAGACGCCAGAAUUUACCUGUUUUGUUUUCCUUCGGAAACCUGCUAUGAUAAGCUCAGAGCAAUAGAAAUGUCGCUGGUGUUAACAAACAUCGUGGUCAAUGCCCUUUAUGUCAUCUUGAGUCCGCUUUUGAUCAUCGCUAUCAAGAAGGGCAGACCAUCACUGAUGUUCCCCUUCAUGUUCAUACAAGGCCUCAUGAUCAGUGGGCUCGCCGCUGCUGCUGUUGCUGCCUUUGUGAUAUGCAUCGCGGCUGGUUCCUGGGUUGAAUAUGUUCCUUUGCUCAUUUGCUCGGGACUCUAUUUAGCUCUUCACGUGUACCUCGCUGUAGUCGUUCACGCCUAUCAAAGUGAGGCGAAAGAAGAAAGUGCGAUCGAAAAGUCCCAUGGCAGACAAAAUACCGUCAGCUCUCUGAAGGAAAGGGAAGCUACAAUCGAAGACUAUGUCUUUUAGAAUUUCUGGAGGAUUUUCUCAAGAUUUUGACAAUAUUUCUUUUUUACCUCCACUUGUUUUGGUGUAUGGUUGACAUUAAGUUCUCAGUCAUUUUUCUCUUUAUUUGCAAUUUCCCUUCACUUGAAGCUUUAAUGAAGUCAGGUAGAUGGAGUUCUUUGGCUCUUUUUUCACAAUUUUGCUUCGUGUAUUAUUUAACACAAAGAAAAUGCACUCUAACAGACUCUCUUAGGUCUUUUUAAUCCAUUGUGUUAGAGCAGGAAAAUCGACUCGAAUCCAGUUGUGGCGAAUUUUCUUUCUUAGUUACUAUGCCGAUCUUCCUUUGACACUUUGGUUUUGCUCAGAGAGAUUGUCUGUCAUCUUUCAGCGGCAUUGUCUCACAUCUUAGCUGUAGGAUGAAAUGAAUGAGCAUGUCUUUCAAGCAAUAUUUUUAUUUUUUUUAUUGUUGUAGUUUUGAAUUUAUGAGUAUAAAAGAUCCCAAGCUUGACAAUAUUAUACGGUAGGAAAUCCUGUUUAAUUAGAAUAGUGCAUUUGUUAAUUAUUUGUGUUGUUACAUAUGCUAUAUCAGGAAAAGGGAAAGUAAAUUUUUUUGUGAAACUUUCAGAGGAAUUUUGUAGAUCUGGUAUUUAUUCAAUUAUUUAUUCCCCAGUGUUUUGACUUGUUGGUUAAUUUAUGUUAAUAAAUUUCGAUGCCGU